AAGUGGGCGAAAAAAGAAAUUCCUUCAAAAAAUUACCUUUUUCUGUGUUUUCCUCACGAUUUAAGCUGCAAAACUAUGGCAGCCGGCAUCAAAUACAUUUUACAAAAGGAGAUUUGCGAUUCGGUAGACGAGCGAAUUAUUUCCGUGGUGCAUGUCAGCAAACUAUUUAAGAAGAAAAACACGUAUUACUUGUGCAUUUUGAGUACCAUCAAGCCUCGCGUCGUCGUAUCGCUCUGCCAAAUCAAACACGAAAAGGGAAUUUACAAGAAAAAACGCAGUUGGGAGCUAUCAGAACUGAAACAAGUCGAUGGAAGAAAUUCUGAAGCCGACACCCAUGAAUUCGACUUGAUUUUAGAAAAGCAAUAUCGUUGGCUGGCCCCAAAUUUGCACGAAAGACAACAUUUCAUCACAACGCUGUGGAAGCAAACGAACAAAUUACGCACGAACAAAGUCGAUUUCAAAAAUGUCCCGCAAUCGUGGUUCAGUUUGAGUCCCGAACACGGAGCUGCGGCAGAUGCAAAGCCCGAUGUCGAAGGAAGCGGCGACGAAAGUGACGAAUUGGAGUACGAAGACUUCAAUGCACUCACCGAGAAGGAAGAAACCGACUUGAAUCGUCUCAUGAAGGAUUGCAACUACGCAAUUAGCAAUGCGGAGCUCUUUAUGGAACAGCUAACGAACAAUUUGCAAGAUUUGGAUGGCGCCAAUGUGCAAAGUGUGCUCGCCAGUGAAGCACAAGUCAAUAAACUCAUGAUUCAGAUCGAAAAAGCGAUCGACGAAGCGGAAAAAAUCGAAAAUCGUCUCACGAGUUACGACGAAAUUUUGUGUCACAUUCGCGAUACGAUGGAAAAAAUGGGCGAAAAAAACGCAAUGAUCGAAAUUGCCAACAGUAACAACAUUAAAUUGCAAGAAGAGCUGAAAAUGGUAGUCACGCAACUCGAUUUGCCUCAUAAUUUGCAAGGAGCUCUCGCAAAUCCGGAUUUAACGACGUCAGCUGGCUUGAGAGUCGCAAUUGAAGCGGGAAAAGCUCUUCAAAAUGCGAUGAAUGCUGAAAUUGAUGCCCCAUUGUUGCGUUUGACAGCAGUUCAGGAUCAGAGAAAACGAUUUGACAAAUGGAAAGCUAAAUUUUCGCAAUCUAUCACGCGACAUUUGAACAAUUUGUUCAUCCAUUUGGGAAAUGACUUUGCCGAAACGCAACCAACGAGCGAUUUGGUACUCCCGAAACACAACAACGUUCAUCGAGAGCUCGCGGCGUAUUCGGAACUCAUGCAUUGGAUGAAAGCCAUGGACCGAAAGGCGUAUGAUGCUUUGGUAAAAGUUUAUACAACGUCCUUGAGCAAAGUUUACGAACGCGAUAUUCGAUCAUUUUUCGAACAAGCGACGAAACGAACUCAAAACAAGCGUUUUGACUCGCGGGACGAACUGAAUACUUCCGUUUCGGGCAAACUCAAGCUUCAAACGGGCAGUAAAACGGUACAACAUCCAUACGGAUUGUUAGGUGUCAAUAAGGAGUUAUGGGCUCCGGGUGCAGAAACGAGCGAAAGACAUGCUUUUGAUUCCGUUUUAGAAAAAGUUUUGGCAGAAUUGGAGCCUGUUGCGUUAAGUGAACAAAUGUUUUGUAUGGAAUUUUUCCAACUAAAUGUCUCGAGCCCGACAUCAAAAUCGAAUGUUUUGACGCCGAUGGAUGUUUCAACGCCUCUCGAGAGUCCCGGAAAGUCAGAUCGUGAUCUUUCCUUCCCGUCGCCGCAGAAAAAACUCGAUCGACAAAUCAACGAAGAACUUCGUAAAAUGAUGUCGUCACUUUUUGGAUGUUUAGAGCAAGAACUCAUCGAUUACAUCAUGUCAUUCGAAAAGUACGACAGUUUUUUCUCGUUUUACGUUCUUGUUCGUCUCACACAGCAUGUGAUGUCGGCACAAGAUGCCCAUUCAUUCCUCAGUAUGACCUUCGGAUCGGCACUGAUUCAUGUCAAGCGAAGCUUCGACAAAUUCAUGCAUCAACAACUCGCCUCGAUUGCCGAUGCAAAAGUCCCGAAACGCUCGAAAUGCGGAUUGUUGCCUUACGUGGAGAACUUUGAGGAGUUCGCAAAGACCUCAGAAAGUAUUUUUAAGAAGACACAACGGCGAACGGAUUUGGAUAAGUGGUACACGAAACUUGUGCAAUCGAUUUUUGAACAUAUUCCAAUUCAUGCACAAGAACAUCCGAAGACGCCGCAUCAAGUUAUAAAUAUGGAGAAUUUCCAUCACAUGCAUUCCCUGUUGAAGCAAUUGAAGGUUCCGGUGUUGGAGGACAUGCAAAAAGAUGCGAAAGUAAGAUAUCAGGAAGCGCUGAGAGCGUAUGUCACGAAAUAUUUUGGAAAGCCGCUCGAGAAAUUGAAUUUAUUCUUUGAAGGCGUUCAGCAAAAAGUAUCACAAGGCGUCAAAGAAACCGAAAUUUCGUACCAAAUGGCGUUCUCAAAGCAAGAAUUACGCAAAGUUAUCGCUCAAUAUCCCGCGAAAGAAGUCAAAAAAGGUCUCGAAAGUUUAUACAAAAAAGUCGACAAACAUCUGUGCGAAGAGGAAAAUUUACUUCAAGUCGUUUGGCGAGCGAUGCAAGAAGAAUUCAUCACACAAUACAACUAUUUGGAGGAUCGCAUCCAACGUUGUUAUGCCGGCGCAAUGAUCAGUUUGGACUUUAAAAUUGACGACAUUUUGAAUUUCUUCACGGAAAUCGCCCAAUCACACUAAAUUUACUUGUUAACAAUAAAAAAUCACGUACUUUUACGCUGAA